AUGCAGUGGCUGAUGAGAUUCCGGGGCAUCCACAAAUCCUUCCAUGGCUUUUAUUCUGUGCCUCAAUACAUGCGAUGCCGAUCUUUAUCAGAAGUCGGAGCCCCAAGAUGGAAUGAUCAUGAUAGGCCCAAGGAAUUUAACUUUGCAAGUGAUAUAUUGGACUACUGGACCCAAAUGGAGAGGGAGGGCAAGAGAGGCCCAUCCCCAGCCCUGUGGUGGGUGAAUAACCAAGGAGAUGAAGUGAAGUGGAGCUUCACAGAGAUGUCAGAGUUAAGCCGCCGUACAGCCAACAUGCUGACACAGAGCUGUGGCCUGCAGCCGGGAGACCGCCUCGCUCUGAUUCUGCCUCGAAUACCUGAGUGGUGGUUGGUGACCAUAGGCUGCAUCCGAUCAGGAAUCAUCUUCAUGCCAGGAACUACCCAGUUGAAGGCCAAGGACAUUCUCUACCGACUCCAAGUGUCUAAAGCCCAGAGCAUAGUGACGACAGAUGCCCUCGCUCCUGAGGUAGACUCGGUGGCUUCCAAGUGCCCCAACCUGAAAACCAAGCUCCUGGUGUCCGACCACAGCCGUGAAGGGUGGCUGGACUUCCGGUCAAUGUUGAAGUCCGCGUCCCCUGAUCACACCUGUAUUAAGUCAAAGACGUCGGACCCAAUGGUCAUCUUCUUCACCAGCGGGACCACGGGCUACCCGAAGAUGGCGAAGCACAGCCAUGGACUCGCUUUACGAUCCUCCUUCCCUUCUAGCAGGAAAUUACUGCAGCUGAAGACGACUGAUGUCUUCUGGUGUCUGUCAGACCCAGGCUGGAUUCUGGCUGUUUUGGGGUGCUUGACUGAGCCAUGGACAUCAGGGUCUACACUCUUCAUUCACCAGCUGUCUCAGUUUGAGCCCAAAGUCAUUGUAGAGACAUUCUUCAAAUAUCCCAUCACCCAGUGCCUCGCUGCGCCAGGGGUGUACCGGAUGGUUCUACAGCAGAAUUUUCCCAGCCUCCGGUUCCCCACGCUGGAGCACUGCUGUACCGGUGGGGAAUCUUUGCUGCCUGAGGAGCAAGAACAAUGGAGACAACAGACGGGCAUCCUGAUCCACCAGGCCUACGGACAGUCGGAAACGGGAAUAAGCUGUGGAAACCUCCGGGGCAUGACGUCCAAGCCCAGCUCCCUGGGGAAGGCCAUCCAGCCCUUCGACAUGCAGAUCAUUGACAACAAAGGCAACGUCCUGCCCCCCAACACCGAAGGGAACAUCGGCAUCAGAAUCAAGCCCACAAAGCCCAUAGGCCUCUUCAUGUGCUACGAGAACGACCCAGAGAAGACUGCCGAGGUGGAGUGUGGGGACUUUUACAACACGGGGGACAGAGCCACCAUAGAUGAAGAGGGCUACUUCUGGUUCCUGGGGAGGGCGGAUGACGUCAUUAACGCCUCAGGGUACCGCAUUGGGCCUGCAGAGGUGGAGAACGCCCUGGCGGAACACCCCGCAGUGGCCGAGUCGGCUGUGGUGGGCAGCCCGGACCCAACACGAGGAGAGGUGGUGAAGGCCUUUGUGGUCCUGAACCCGGAGUUCAAGUCACGUGACCAAGACCAGCUGACCAAGGAGCUGCAGGAACACGUGAAGUCAGUGACCGCCCCCUACAAGUACCCCAGGAAGGUGGAGUUUGUCCCAGAGUUGCCCAAAACCAUCACCGGCAAGAUCCGAAGGAGCGAACUUCGGAAAAGAGAGCUCCGUCAGAAGUAGCCUGCAGUCAAUCAGAAGCCACUUUGACCGCGGCCAAACCCCAGGCUGCCUCAGUUUCACUCUAGGGUGAGGGUGAGGAGGGGGCAUUGAGUUGGGCCAGUUGGGUCCCGGGGGCAGGCCCAUUGGGCGCACACCAGGAGAGCCAGC